UUUACACGAACGACUUUUUUAAGGUUUUAUUGAGAAGAUACUAAUUCGUCGUUCUACAGAUAUGAUAUUGAUGGACUGGUGUAAUACUGUAUAGUAGUGAUAUUGAUCAAUUUAACAUUAAUCUGCAUUGACCGACAAAAGAUCAUAUUUGCAAGCAGUUAAGUCUUAAAUAAUAUGGCACAAUAUUAUAAUUUUGUGACCAAUGCCAGUGGUACAUUAACGCUCGAAGAAGUACAGAGAAUUUGUUCUCUAGAGGGGCAAAGUGUUCAGUUAGUUGUCGAAGAUGUAAAUAACGGUGGUAAUGGUGCUCACCAAUUUUUGACUUAUACCACUGCACCACAAAACAGCGGGCAAGCAAUAUUGUCGCAGCAAAUUAAUUUAGGGAAUCAAAUCUCUGCAACGCAAUUGGAUCAAGGCCAAAAUGUUUUUAUAAUAAAAACAAAUACGAAUGAGUUAACUUCACCUCAAGGUGUAUUGAAGACUACAACAGUAAAUACAAAUACUGUUAGUGGGAAUAUUGUAAACAUUGUGGAUAAUAAAGGUUCUAAGGCUUUAGUAGGUUGUAAUAAUGAUGGACAACAAAUACAAUGGAUAAAAAUGCAGGAAAAUAGUGUUACUCUGAAUGCAGUUUCAAAACAGAGUGCGCUAGUAUCAGAAAAAACUCAGACUGCCAAUUUAAAUGAAAAUCAAAAUAAUAUUUCUUCCCACGCUCUUCUACAUGGCCAUUGUGAGUUAUCAACACUGAAUACUGGGUUUGUCAAAAGAAAACCACUUAGGACAAAUCAAAACAGAAAUCGACAUUCAACAAACAGUAUACAAACUGGAUCUUCAUCUACUCUUGAUAGAGUGAAUGCAACAACUAAUAUAGGAACUCAAAUACAAAACGCUCAUGUGUCAAGUAUCAGAGCAUUCUGUAAUAAAGCAGCUAGUACUGUUGGACAAAAUGUGACCCCCAUUUCUAUACAAAUUCAUAAUUCUUCAAGUACAGUUCAUGCUAGACCUCAGACUUCUGCAUUAAUGCAAAAACAUUCUUUAAAACUGCAGCAGUCUAAAAUGGAGCAAACGAGAUUAAAGCAAAUGCAAAAUGAUCAAAGAUUGCAAGGAAAUAAUAUGCAACGACUCUCAAAUACUACGUCGCAAUCGGUGCAGGGUACAUUAAAUACACAACGACAGCAAGCAACUACAAAUGCAGCACAACAAAGACAACAAACGUCAGCUACAUCGCAAUCACAACUUCAGAAACAGUCGACCUUGACACAAAAAUCUCAGUAUGAACAACAAUCAUCCCUUUUAUCGCCUUCUCAAAAUGUGCACAGUAUGGAUGUUGAAUCUUCAGAAACCUCAACAGUUUUGGAACAAGCAAAUCAACAACAUUUUUCGUCACAAACCGAUUCAGAAAAUAGUUCAUCGGAAAGUAUUGCUUAUCUUCAACAAGUUAUCGAUAAUCCAACGAAUACUAUAGUUCAACAUCAAAUACAGGGCAAUACUGCGAAAAUGUUAGUAACCUUCGCCAAUGGUGAACAGAGAUUAAUUACAUUUGAUAUACCAAAUGAGGAUUGCACGGUUCAAGACUUAUUAGAGCAGGCAAAUAUAAUAUUUUGUGGAUCAACAACUGUUUCUUUGGUUUCUGAUCCUACUUUGGGCAUAAAUUAUAUUGUGGAUACUAGAUCCUCCGGAACCACUGCGCCACAUGAGACAAAUGAAAAUGAUAAUUCACACGAUACCUCAAAUACUAGUUUAGAUCAUUCUCGUAGUUCACCAGAUGAGAACAGCAAUCCUGUUCAACAUAAUGAGGAGCCUAUAUACAUUGAGGGAAUGCUUGCCGUCUGUUCACACUGUGGCAUCAGUUCAAUCGACUUCAACCGGUGUUAUCGGUGUAAAAGAAAAUUAUCCAAGGAUGUGAAGUCUAUACCUAUGACAAUGGGUAUACGUGAAAAGAAGGAGACCAUGCUGUCUGUUGAUACAUUUUAUAAGAAAAACAAUGAAAGAAAUUCGUCAGCAAAAUUGGAGAAAUUAGAACGAGAUGGGUCUGUUUAUAAACGUGGAAGAGGGAGAGGAAGAGGUGCUGCAAGGCCAAGGCCUGUUCGUAAAGAGCCAGAAUGUUUGACAAUAUCAUCAGACGAGGAAGAGGAAGGCAAAACAAAAAAAUCGGAGGGCUCUAAUAAUAGUACAUUUUCACUUAGUGCAAGUAAUAGUCUUACUGAAGAAAUGGAGGCCAUUUUUGAAAAGGAACCAGUAAUUACAAACAAUUCUAUUUCUAGCACAAGUGUAGAUUGUGUCAUGGAGAGUGAAGAUAUCAUGAAAGAUAAUUAUACUCAAUUUCCUCAUACUUCGUUGUUGUGUCGAACUGUAAGGAUAGGUUCUUAUAAAUAUGUUCCUCGGGAGAGAGUAGUAAUCUCACAAAAUGGAGUAAGACUUGGCGUACCUUUGUUAGAAGAUGACACAAGUUUUGUUACAUUAGAAGUUAAAUUUCAAGAUAUUGUCAAAGCGCUAAUUCAUUUUGGGAAAUCAAUGCCAGUGCUUUUCUUUUAUACGUCUAUUAACACUGGAGCUAUGAUUCGUGAAUUAUUAGGAAUGCAGGAUCCAAAAGGACCGUACUACGAUCCUGCAGGGAAAGAUCACACGCAUAAGCGAAUAACUUUACUUCCUGAAAAAUUGUCAGAGGAAGCAAAAGUUGUGCUUAAAAAUUUAUUCAUGCCAAGACGUUUGCUAGAAGAAUUGAGCUCGAAAGAAGCGAAUGAUAUUCUUGUACGGGCAUCACCGAAAGAUAGUUUACAACUUCAAAGUUUAUCGAGGAGAGACAGUCAGGGGUCAUCGAUAAAUAAUUCUAAUAUUAAUGGCGGAAUACAAACAAUAACUGUAUAUCCUCCACCACCUGCGAAAGGUGGCAUAGCUAUUAAUACCGAAGAUUAUUUGUGUCUUGGCGAAGAUCAGUUUUUAAACGAUGUAAUUAUAGAUUUCUAUCUGAAAUAUUUGACGUUAGAAGUCUUAUCAGAAUCCGACCAACAUAGAACACAUGUAUUUAGUUCAUACUUUUAUAAACGAUUGACAAGUCCACAUGCUCAAGCGGUUGAAAGUAAUGUGGUUCCCCAAUCGCCUGCUACAAAAAGACAUGCUAGGGUACAGAAAUGGACAAAAAAUGUAAACAUAUUUGAAAAGGAUUUUAUUGUAAUACCUAUAAACGAACAUGCCCACUGGUUCUUAGCUAUUAUUUGUUUUCCUGGUUUGGUGGGCGAAGUUUCUACAAAUCGCAUUCAUCUCGAGGAAAACGAUGUUCGUAAGACUGUACAUAGAAGUAAAAAAUUGAAGGAAGUGAAACUUCAAGCUGUUACAAUUGGCGACACAACUCUCGCACCGGUGACGACUACUAUAACUAUAGAUCAACCCGACGAUGGUUCGGAGAGAGAUGAAGCAGAAGGCGACGACGAAGAAAUGGAGAUGGAUAGUGAGGAUGAUGACGAAUCGGAAACUACAGAUGAUAAAAGUCAUCCGCCGAAAGUAGAACAAAAUGUGCCACAGGAAAAGGAUACUGUAAAACUACCGUGUAUAUUAAUAUUUGAUUCUCUCGCGGGAGCAAGUAGAUCACGUGUAGUAGCUACGUUAAGGGAUUACUUGAGCUGCGAAUAUGUUGCAAAAAUGGGAAGUGAAAAAGUAUUUUCAAAGGAUACUAUUAAAGGAGCAUCCUUAAAAGUUCCUCAGCAAUCAAAUUUUACUGAUUGCGGCUUAUAUGUAUUACAGUAUGUGGAGAGCUUCUUUAAAAAUCCCAUUAAAGAUUAUACAUUACCAAUCAAAACGUUAAAAAAUUGGUUUGAGGAAAUAACCGUGACAAGGAAAAGGGAAGAACUGUCGAAACUAUUAAUUAAGUUAAUGAAUGCAACCAAAGGAGACAAGAAUAUUACCAUACCAGUUGUAAUUUUUCCUACACAAGAUGGUAAAUUAAAAACUAAGGCUGAAAACCACAUUGAAUUGAAAUCAAUAAAGUCAGAUGUAGCAGAUAAGAAAAAGCCUAUGUUAGAUGGCGGCGAACAUCGUAUUAGUAAUAAUAUGCCAAAUCAAACAGAAAAUACUGAACCAACUAACGAAAUAGUCAAUAGGACUACUUAUCAGAUCAUUCCUUAUUCUCCAUGUACAAGUUCCAGUUCGACUGAAACUAGCUCGACAGAAAUGUUGACAGAAUCUAGAACUUCUCACCCGAGGUCAUCAAGUGAAACGAUGUCCUACUUAAAAUCGAAACGGAUUCCCAGGUUAAUGGUAAGAACAGAGAAUCAGGAUGACCCUCAAGCGGCCAAAAAGCACAAAGGAGAGUCUUUUGAUUCUUGUAAAUAAAGUUUACUUUCUUUUUUAUAACGAUAAAAAUUGAAGUUAACCCACAUUCAUAAACAUGGAAUCAUUUACUUAUGUAAUAAAUGUAGUUAAUACUUCAUAAAAUGAAUAAA